CCACAUGUCAUGAGCCCUUUCAGCAUUCGAUAAUGCCACUCGAUUUAGAACUUCGCUCGCCUCUUUUGACAUCAUAACAGUCAACGAUUCUUUACGGACGUGGCGGGCCUCUGACAGUAGAGCACGGACUUUGCGGUUGGGUGAAAUCGUGCCUUUUGCAGCAUCUCGUCCCUACACUCCAACAUGCUCAACGCAUUAAAACUCAGCGAGUUUCUCGCCAAGAAUGUUGAUCCUAACCUCUACCCGCGCAUGUUUGUAAUGUCUCCCAAUGGCACCUUAAUGGCUUACUCAACGCCUGUCGAUAUUAAGGACCUUCGAGAUCAGGCCGCCCUAAUCUCAAUGGCGUGGAAAGAGCACGAGGCCAACCUGCAAGCAAAGCGGAGAGCGGAUGCGGCACGAUCAGACGACUCCUUUACCACAUCGCCCCUAGAGACUCUCACAAUAGAAUUCCAACACAACAAUAUCAUCAUCCGCGCCAUCCAACCAAAGCUCCUCCUAGUCCUUGUCGGUGGAGUUCCUCCAUCGCGAAGAACUAUGUUUAAAAUCACCCCCGAAGCAUACGGCGAUCCUAGGUAUCCACAAAAUGACGCCGCAGAAGUCGGGCAGGCUUCUUCCAACCAGCCUGAUGAACCCCCAUCGUCAGUAGAACGCUCCUUGUUGCCCGGAGUGGAGACCGGCGAGAAGAAGAGGAAACCCGCGUCUAUCUCCAGCCGCAUGAGCCAACGAGAGAAGGACAUGAAAACCGGCGUCCUUCAUAUCCAACGGAAAAAGAUUGACGCCUUGACCGACUUUUUACGGCAGGAUUUUGAUGCGAAGGGAUUUGUUAUGCCGGAUGACUCCAGCUUCCCUUGAUAACACUCGACUGCGGGACCCACUAGCCGGCUUUUAUUUUGCAGCGGCAGGUCGAACUUUGUGGUCUGCAUGAUGCCUAACCUUCUCCUUCCUAUUACCUUCCAUCUCGCGAGUCUCUCGGUGUUAGAAUGGUUGGGUGGUAAUCUUGGUUCACAGCGUAGAUACAUUGGAGGUGUCAUUACGGACACAUGAUUUUCCUGGGCCUGAUUUAGAACCUCUAAUGACAGAUCUAUGAUACAGGCGAUUUGGUCAUAUAGAGCAGACUAUACCUAAGC